AUGUCCACUGCUCUUGACCCCGCCAUUGCCCAGGCGCUGGCGCAAUCGGACAGCUCGGCCGUCCCUUUCCGCAUGCGAACGAACCAUGUCCAGACGACAUGGGCAAAGACGUUCUCCUGGAUGCCGGAGCUGUACAUCCAGCCCGAGUCCCUGGAGGAGAUUGAGCACCUCGUCAACCUCGCGAGGAAGUGCCGCCGUAGGGUCACUACUGUCGGCUGCGGCCACUCGCCCAGCGCCAUUACCUGUACCUCGUCGUGGCUGGUGAACCUGGAUAACUACAAUAAGAUCCUGGCUUCGGACCACACGACUGGGAUCGUGACCAUGCAGUCGGGGAUCCGUCUGUACCAGCUCAGUGCAGAGCUCGAAAAGCUAGGGCUGGCAAUGCCGAACCUGGGAAGCAUAAACCACCAGAGCAUCGCGGGUGCCAUCUCGACGGGCACCCACGGGUCGAGUCUCCAGCAUGGCCUGCUGUCUGAGGACAUAUUGUCUCUCCGUAUAACUCUGGCCGACGGCACGACAAAGAAGUGCUCGCGCGGCGAGAACACAGAGCUAUUCCGCGCCUCUCUAAUAUCCCUCGGCGCGCUGGGCAUAAUCACCGAGAUAACGUUCAAGGCCGUGCCUGCCUACACCUUGAAGUGGAAGCAGAUCAUUGAUAAGGAUGUCAAGAUGUUCAACCGCUGGUCAGGCGAUCUAUGGACACACGCACACUAUGUCAGGGUCUGGUGGUAUCCGUACACUCGCAGGGCUGUGGUGUGGUCAGCGUCCGAGACCAAUGAGGCGGUGCAGGAUCCGAAGACGUCCUGGUAUGACGGCUCUCUGGGAUACUACAUCUAUCACAACCUUCUCUACGUCGCUCAGUACAUCCCUCGAAUCCUACCCUGGGUGGAAUGGUUUGUCUUUGGGUCGCAGUAUGGCUUCGCGGACGGAACAACGACCGGAGCCGUCCAAUCGAGCGCCAAAGCCCUGCUCAUGAACUGCCUAUACUCCCAGUUCGUGAACGAGUGGGCCAUCCCGCUCAGCAAGGGCCCGGAGGCUCUGCGGCGGUUGAGCAGCUGGCUGAACCACCUGACACCUGAAGAUCCCGACUACGUCCCACACAACAUCCCCUUCUCUGCCGAGGGUCUGUACGUCCAUGCUCCCGUGGAGGUUCGCGUGAGCGAUACCUCAAACCCGGAGCUCGACUCGGUCAAGUCGAACACCCGCCCCUAUCUUGACAUCACCAGCCACGACGAACCCACGCUAUAUCUGAACGCCACGCUCUACAGGCCGUACCACGCGGACCCGCCAUGCCGGCAGCGCUACUACGAGGCCUUCGAGUGGCUGAUGCGCGACCUGGGUGGGAAGCCGCACUGGGCCAAGAACUUCGAGGCCGACGGGAUGCAGAUCGAGCGCAUGUACGGCAGUUCGCUCCAGCAGUGGCGCAAGGUGCGCGAGGAGGCGGACCCGGAUGGCAUGUUCGUCGGCCCCUGGCACCGCAGGUUCGUCCUUGGCCUCAGCCCCCGGCUGCCCUUUGAGGAGGUCGAGCUGUCACAGCGCCCGAAGUGGAGCGGAGGUCUCCGGUACCUUGGUAUCACUCCGUCACAGAUCAAGGGGCCGAACGACGCAUAA